UUUCCACAUUUCUUUUAAUAUAAAAAGUGCACAGUUGGUUUCUUAUAUUCAAAUAUUUUUAAUACAAGUAAAAUAAUAUAAAUACUUCACAGCAUCAUAAUCUACAUAUAAGUAAUACAAUUUAAACUCACGGUAUGAAUUCAAGCAUGAAAAAAUUGUUGCAUCUGCAUCUCCUAUUUUGGGUGAAAUUUGGAUUUUGUCAAGAUAUCAACCAAGCAAAUGCUUUAUUUACCUGUACUGAUGGAACGGUUAUCUCUAAUGAAAAACGGUGCAAUGGAAAAUACGAAUGUGAGGGAAGAGAGGACGAAAAAAAUUGUGACUUUCAAAAAUGUGAGAAAGUGGAAGCUGGGGAAGCACAUCAUAGUAUGGUUGAAGCGAAGAAAUUAUCGGGAAGAAUUGUUGGAGGCGAAGAUUCACCUGAUGGUGCGUGGCCUUGGCAAGCUAUAAUAGCGAGAUAUUCAAGUAAUAAGCGUGGUGGAACGCCGAUUAUGUUCAGCAAGUGGUAUAUUAAAGGCGGCGGAUCCUUGAUUGGCAGUAAAUGGGUGAUGACUGCGGCGCAUUUAUUUGGAACAGACGACAACUCACAAGUAUGGCUUUCAGACUACGCUGUCACGCUAGGUAUGUCUGAGAGACCAAAUACCAGUAUGGGGGUCGCAGAUUUUGUUCAGAUGUUUGCACUGCAAGAUGUGUAUAUCCAUCCAAACUAUUCGUAUGGAGUUCUUGACAACGACAUCGCAUUGAUAAAGCUUGGAGCUAGAAUAAACUCAGAAUCACUAGCGAUUAACGAAAGCGAUGCAAAUGGUGUAACCUUUACGUAUCAUGUGAGGCCAGUGUGUUUGCCCUGUCGGGAUGAAGACCCAAACGGUGAAUCAAAGGAUGAGAGCUGCCAGCCUGAUAUCAAUGAAUCUGAACUGCUAGCUGCUGGUGAAAAAGUUAUUGUCACUGGAUUUGGCAACAUCAAAGGAACAGAUCUAACACAAAGAAGACAACAAUUUCAAAUUCCGGAUCGUCUCCAAUAUGCCGAACUGAAGCUUGUAGAUCAGUACACAUGCUGGCUAGGAAUCCAAAAUAUAAACAAACUUACCCAUGGAAAUAUCAGAUAUUCUGACAAUUUUAUUUGCUGCAACCCCGCGAAGGUUAAAAAGAGUAUCGAUGCUUGUCAGGGAGACAGUGGAGGACCUUUGGUUAAAAAGGUGACGAACUCUGAAACGAGUCAAUCUCGUUGGUUUCAAGUUGGAAUCGUGAGUUUUGGAUACGGAUGUGCACUCAACUAUCCUGGAUAUUAUAUUAACGUUGUGAAAUAUACAGGAUGGAUAAACACUAUCAUGGAUUCAUAGGCUGCAAUCAUAACUACUUGGACUUGAAGUCCGGAGUUUGUUCAACUUUGUCAUUGAUGAAUGAUUUGACUAUUUUGUAAUUUGUAGAUAGUAUAUAU